GUUCGAACAUCAUGCCUAAAACAGACUCAUUUCUGGACACUUUCUGCAUCAGAAGCCUUAUUCAACCACCUACAGCCUUGCUGGAUUCGAGAUUUAAUGGCAACAUAAAACAAAUAUUUCUCCAAUUAACUUCCGUGACAUAGAAACGCCAAAAAACAUGGAAUUAUAACAGGAUAUAUGGAUUUCUGUCUUUUAAGCAAAACGAUUUUUUUCGUUUUGCAUUAGGGAAACAUUUGGACUGCUUUUUAGAGGUGAGCUCGAGAGGGAACGAGAGAGGAAGUGGCCGUACACUGGAUAUUUUUGUCCAUUCUUCAUCCACAGGAAGCCUGACUUCACUUUCUCCCCCUGCUUUCUCAGUCAGUCCUUUUGUGGAACCCCUGGAUUCUUCCCUGUGCUUCUAUCAGCGUCUUUAACUUAUUUUCUCAGUGUUGUAAAGUCUCGCUGAUGGACAGUGAUGGAUUGUCUGGGCUCUGGCCUCAGGAAAGCUCUCCUCCACCGCACUGCCUCCGAUAAAGCUGGCAACCCCAGCUGCUUUUCCUCCAAACAGUCUGAGGAAGAGGAGCCUUGUGUUGGAGUGAAGAUUGCUCAGAACAAAGCCGUUGGAAUCCACAGUCCUAACGAUCAAGGUCAUCACAAUGAGAAGUUGAGUCGUGGGUGUAGAUUCAGCAAUAAGAGCCUUACUGGAGUAAAUGGAAGAGUUUCAGGCCGACGGCCACCACUGCAUCCCAAACCUCAAGUGCCUCCUAAGCCAGCACACCUUCAGAGUCCGGUGACGGACAUCUCCUUACCUCUGGCUGCUGGAACGUCACCCAUCAGUCACAACAUGGAGGGAGGAGGAGUAGGAGGAGGAAUAGGGAAGGGCCUAGUGUCCAACCUCAUCAGUCGCUUUGAGGAGAACAGUCACACAGACAUUCGGAGGGAGGGCGCUCCUCUGAAGCAGGUCAGCAGAUCUCCUAACUGCAGCCCGGCUCACAAAAACUACCAGAGACAGACGGAGAAGCCCACAGAGCCCGGCUCUCCUGUGAACAGCCCACGCCAUGCUCUCAAACCCCCCAAUGGGUUUCUAACCCAAAAGAAGAGAGAGCAGGACAUGAAUCAGGACAUGGACGGAAUUACGCACGACACAGUUCCAGCAAUGAGGACCGACAGCAAGGGACUGCUGAACGGAGAUGCCGGCGAUGUAGCUAAGAGGGAAAUUAUAGACCAGGACUGUGUGGAUCCACCUCACGCUCAUAUAGAACGGACCGAAGAUGUGGAGAGGAACGCGCCGGAGCAGAGUGACGUUGUGAUGAACAGCAUCCCAGAGCAGAAGGAAACUAAUGAGCAGAAGCUCUAUAAGAUAGCAAAUGAACUUCUGCAGACAGAGAAGGCUUAUGUUGCGCGACUCAACUUAUUAGAUAAGGUGUUUUAUGCCAAGCUGUUAGAAGAAGCAAGAAAAGAAACGUUCCCCAUGGAUGUGGUGAAAAACAUCUUCUCCAACAUCUCUUCCAUUAAUACCUUCCACAGCCAGUUCCUCCUGCCUGACCUGGAAAAACGCAUGGGAGAAUGGACGUCGACACCUCGCAUUGGGGACAUCCUACAGAAGCUCACCCCCUUUCUGAAGAUGUACGCUGAAUAUGUGAGGAACUUUGAUCACGCCAUGGAUCUGCUGAAGCAAUGGACGGACCGAUCGCCUCCGUUUAAAGCCAUCAUUGUGGAAAUCCAGAGUCAAGACGUGUGCGGAAGCCUGACGCUGCAGCACCACAUGUUGGAGCCGGUUCAGAGAGUGCCGCGAUACGAGAUGCUGCUUAAAGACUAUCUGAAGAAACUUCCUCAGGAUCACAUAGACCGGCGGGAUGCUGAAAAGUCUUUAGAGAUCAUUGCCAUGGCUGCCACUCAUUCCAACACUGCCAUUAGAAAAACAGAAAACCUAAAGAAAUUGCUGGAGAUUUACGAGAUGCUGGGGGAGGAAGAGGACAUUGUGAACCCUUCAAACGAGUUAAUAAAAGAGGGUCAUAUUCUGAAGCUGGCCGCUAGAAACACUUCAGCCAUGGACAGAUAUCUCUUCCUAUUCAACAACAUGCUGCUGUACUGCGUUCCAAAGUUCAGCUUGGUGGGACAGAAGUUUACGGUUCGCACACGUAUCGGCAUCGACGGCAUGAAUGUGACGGAGACGUACAACGAUGAUUAUCCUCACACCUUUCAGGUUUCAGGGAAGGAACGGACACUGGAGCUGCAGGCCAGCUCUGAACAGGAUAAAGUAAGCUGGAUUAAGGCAUUCCAGGAAACGAUAAACGUCUAUCUCCAGAAAAACGAGACCUUUAAGUCAGCGUUCAAAGAUGUGGAGGAAGUACCAGAUCUAAAGAUAUCAGAACUAGGUAAAAGAGCUCCUCGCUGGAUCCGAGACAAUGAAGUGACCAUGUGCAUGAGGUGCAAAGAGGCCUUUAAUGCCUUAACACGCAGGAGACAUCACUGCCGGGCCUGUGGAUACGUGGUCUGCGGGAAGUGCUCAGACUACAAAGCCCCUCUGGAAUAUGACGGGAACAGGAUGAACAAGGUGUGCAAAGACUGUAACUCUAUCCUGACAGGCCAUACAGACAGUGAAGAGAGAGAGGGCAAGAAGAAGGGCAUUCUAGAGAUCGAAGCUGCUCAGUUCUCGGGCAACAGUAUCAUGUGCGGCUUCCUGCAGUACUGCGAGAAGAACAAGCCCUGGCAGAAGGUCUGGUGUGUCAUUCCUCAAAAAGAAGCUCUAGUUCUCUACUUGUACGGAGCACCUCAGGAUGUCAAGGCCCAGUCCACGAUCCCUCUGCUCGGCUACCAGGUGGAGGACAGCCUGAGACCCACCGACCCUCCCUCGAGCUUCAGACUAUCUCAGUCGAAAUCGGUUCACAGCUUCGCAGCAGAGAGCGAGGAACUGAAGCAGCGCUGGCUGAAAGUGAUCCGUAUGGCGGUGACGGGAGAGGUCCCGGAAUCGCCCGAAGAAAACCAUUCUGCAGAACUCACCCACGAGUUGAGCUCCAACGGCGUCUGAGCAAACAGAGCAAACCCAUGUUAAAGAUUUUUUUGGGGAAGGCAAAAUGUUGACGCUCCUGCUUGCUGCUCCGGUUGGGAUUUGAACGCAUCCACAAUACGGGGCUUUGAAGCACGUGGAUAUCGCCUCGACCCUUACCUGACAGAAUCGAAGUUCACAAAGCAAACGUGAAGCGUUACGUGGAGAAACUAAGACACGCUAUUCCACCUUCGCGCCAUACUACAGCUGAUGCGCCACUGGUUUAAGCCUAAUGUAAAAAAAAAGAAUGUACGAUUGAGAACAUUUAUAUGUCGUGUAUAUAGUAUAUCGAGGCAAAAAUCCAGAUGCGCUGACGCCGUGACAAGAAAAAUGAUUUGUAUAUGCAGGACUUGAGCGCUUUUCAAAAGACAAGAUUGCAAUUUACUGCAAAUAUAUAUUGCAUUCAGAUGCAAAAUGCUCUGCAUGCAAUAGAAACUCCUUCGUUGUGGCCAGCGGAUAUGUUGUGUUGUCAUCGUUGUUGAUCCUAGGUCGGGUUGCAGCGGUAUACCGGUGUUAUUGUCCAGGGAAUACAACCGGUCUGAGAAUCUGAACGCAAGGCUGAAUAAAGCUUCACGUUACUUUUACCCUGAUAGCACAUGUACAUCACAGACACAUCUGUACGAUAUCUGCAACUACAGAUGUGUUUUAUAAUGUUUGUUCAUCUGCAAUAUGUCUAUUGGACGUUACCCAUCAGCUGUCAAAUAGAGGCCUAGACGUCUUUGAGAUGUUUCUGAUCUAAAACGUCUGUCGGAUUUUGCACACAGCAGAUGCUUUCCAGAUUAAGUGAUCUUUAAUGGACACCUCGGAAGCCAAUUGCUUAGUUUUGAUAAGAAACUAAGUCAAUUUUAUCACAAAAUCAAGAUAAUAGAUUUAAUAGAAAGAUUUAUUACAGGAAUUUAUAUGGUAGGUAAUUUUAUUGCCCAAUCGGUUUUUAACCACGAAAAUAAGUCGACGAAACGGCUUGUGAAUAAUGUUUUACCUCAGGAAAGUUAGUUAGCUAGAAGGACUUUAACCUGUUAAUAAUGAUUUAGAUAUGUUUGAGGUUUUUACAAAAACUUGGGGAAAUGUUUAGGAAGGUUUAUUAGGAAAAUAUGUUGAGUAUAAAUAGACUUUGUCCUUUUUUGCAGAAUUUUGACCUUUAGAAAAACUGUUGAGCGGCUGAAAUGUAUUCUAAAUAAAUACGAAAGCAAGUCUGGAGUACCGUAUACUACGCUGCCGUGGCAUCUCCGUUAAAACGGCAUACCGUUGCAACUCUCCCAGGACAAUAUUGAGCAACCCUAACUAAGGAUGCAGAUGUAACGUCGCUUGCGUUGAAUGUAAUCAAGUGAGCAGCAACGCCACCUUUCGGUUCGCAGUGCCUCUCAGCACAAAAGUCUGCUGUACCUCAGAUUAGUGCCCAAAGCGGAACAACAGCAGUCUAGACAUUCAACAGCGUUCACCCGCCAUAAGCUGUCUCACGUUUUUCUCAUUUAAAAGCACACUCGAAUCAAACAUGGAACAAAAUUGUAGCUUUAGCGUCAGUAGCUCCGCAGUCUGAACUCACACUUGAAUUAUCCGAGACGGCCGGUGUGCGAUCCAUGGCAGUAGAUUCAGUAUGUAGUGAAAUAACUGGUUGUAAAUCAAUCCUGUGUAGUAGUUUCUGUAAUGGAUCUUUUAUUCGUAGACAGUCAUUCGACUGACGGGGGACGGGUGUGAGCUGGUUUGGUUCUUUGGUUCUGUUUAUCUAAAGUGGGCAGCACAGUCACCACUAGUAGGCCCGCUGGAGCAGGGACACAUGUAUAUGUUCUUUACAUACUGUAAUUAUAAUUUUAUUAUUUAAAAAUAAUUUAUAGUGGAAAUGCAUGAUUUUACAUAGCACAAAAUUUAAUUUUCCAUCUCUGUCUAGGACCAUUCAUCCCUUUGUAUUUAAGAAAUAAGCAUGUACAUAUAUUUCGUUCAGAUUUCGUACCUACGGCUGCAUAUUCUUACCGUUACUAAAAAUUGAUUUGGCUUGACAGUUAACAGGCCUUCUUUCACGCGCAUUAAUCUUAAGAUACGUUUUUGUUUGAAACCACUAUUUGGUUUGAAGUUUCGGAGAAACGCUGUCGUGUGGCAACUACAAAACAAUACGAAAGCUAUCUGACCUCGAAACAUAUCACGGCUAGGAACUGUAAUCAUUUUUAUCCUCAUCAACCAGUUGAUGAUCUGACAGUCCGUAUUUCCUCAACGGGACAUGCCUAUAUUUGUAGCUACGCACAUUUUUACAGCAAAUUAUGGAAGCGACUAGGUUGGUAUAUUAAAUGUGAGUUUGUGUAUUAAAACAUGAAUGUGUGCUUAUUGUUGCCAUUUGAAACAAUCCUUACCAUGUGAUCUGAAUGUAGUUUGCUGGUUCUCGCUCCCAGAAUAUCUUCCACAGUAAAGCUACAUCAGCUCUCAAAACCGAGACAGACCCUGUUUUAUAAAUAAAACUAAAGAUUACGCACUUUACUGUCUUCUAUAAAGCGUACCUUGUAAAAUAAAACCAGAUUAUUCUGCA